AUGGCUUCUCCCAUCGCCUCGGCCGCCUUGAAGGCCCGCGUUCGCUCGCCCAGCCUGCUCAAGAAGGUCUGCAAGCCCGAGGACCUGCUGCACCACUUCCCCCAUGGCGCCUACAUUGGCUGGUCCGGAUUCACCGGUGUUGGAUAUCCCAAGAAAGUUCCCACCUUCCUGGCCGAUCACGUCGAGCAGAACAACCUCCAGGGCAAGCUCAAGUACAACCUCUUCGUCAGUGCCUCGUCCGGUGUCGAGACCGAGAACCGCUGGGCGGAGCUGGACAUGAUCCAGAAGCGAAGCCCCCACCAGGUCGGCAAGGCCAUCUCCAAGGGAAUCAACGAGGGUCGCAUCGACUUUUUCGACAAGCACCUGUCCAUGUUCCCGCUUGAUCUUCUCUACGGUUACUACAGCAAGGAGCGUGGCGGCGGUCUGGACGUCGCCGUUAUUGAGGCGACUGAUGUUAAGGAGGACGGCAGCAUCAUUCUCGGCGCCUCUGUCGGUGCCUCCCCAGAGAUUGUCCAAGCUGCCGACAAGGUCAUCAUUGAGGUCAACACCUCUCUGCCCUCCUUCGAGGGUCUCCACGACAUCACCAUUACAGAGCUCCCCCCUCACCGCAAGCCCUAUCAAAUCACCGGCGUCCAGGACCGCAUUGGCUCUACUUCUCUGCCCAUCCCUCCUGAGAAGAUCAUUGGUAUCGUCGAAGCUGACUACCGCGACAUGACUGGCCCCAACACGGAUGCCGACGAGACCUCUGUCCGCAUUGCCAACCACCUGAUUGAGUUCUUCGAGCACGAGGUCAAGAACGGCCGUCUCCCCGAGAACCUGCUGCCUCUCCAGUCCGGCAUUGGCAACGUUGCCAACGCCAUCAUUGGCGGUCUUGACAAGUCCAACUUCAAGCAUCUCACCGUCUGGACCGAGGUCAUUCAGGACACCUUCCUGGACCUCUUCGACUCUGGCAAGCUCGACUUCGCCACUGCCACCUCGGUCCGCUUUUCUCCCGACGGCUUCAAGCGCUUCUACGACAACUGGGACAAGUACCACUCCAAGAUCCUCCUCCGUAACCAGGAGGUCUCCAACUCCCCCGAGGUCAUCCGCCGUCUCGGUAUCAUCGGCAUGAACACCCCCGUCGAGGUUGACAUCUACGCCCACGCCAACUCUACCUGCGUCAACGGCUCCCGCAUGCUCAACGGUCUUGGUGGCUCCGCCGACUUCCUCCGCUCCUCCAAGUACUCCAUCAUGCACACGCCCUCCACCCGUCCCUCCAAGACCGACCCUCACGGUGUCUCCUGCAUCGUGCCCAUGUGCACCCACGUCGACCAGACCGAGCACGACCUCGACGUCAUCGUGACCGAGAACGGUCUCGCCGAUGUCCGUGGCCUGGCUCCCCGCCAGCGCGCCCGCGAGAUCAUCAACAAGUGCGCCCACCCUCUGUACCAGCCCAUCCUCACCCACUACUACGAGAAGGCCGAGAGCGAGUGCCUGCGCAAGGGCAUGGGCCACGAGCCCCACCUCCUCUUCAACAGCUUCGACCUGCACAAGGCCCUCCAGGAGCAGGGCAGCAUGUUGAAGGUCAACAAGUGGUAA